AAAGGUAUGCAGUUAAGACUGGGAUAGUUUGAUUUAUGAGGCUGUCCAUAUUUAUGUGUGAACAUUGACACGGGAGAAUGGCCAAAGACAUUUCCCUGAGGCUGAUCUCCAUAGGCAGCGGACACGGAGAUGAUCCCAUUAGCGCUGGCUGCAGCGGCACAUGCUCAGUUAUGCUUGUUGUAGGGGAUCUCAGUAGACUGCGCGUGAACACUGAGGUCAUCGCCUGCACUAAGGGAAAAAUACUCAACGCAGCCUCCAUUUUGGGUAGUAUGAAAUAGACGAAAGCAUAGUUUUGAGCCGCCGCAGCAAACAAACUGUAAACACUAGCGAAACGGUCUCUCCCAUGGACGACUUGUUCAGUCCGCGAAGCAAAGAAAUGAUUUAUGUAUAUAUACAUAAACUGGAAGAGCAAGCCUCCGUUUAUAUAACCUCUGGAGGGAAUGGAGCAGUCGGACGUUGAUUGGCUUGUUCCGCUAUGUGGGCGGGAUUUGGAUCGAUCAUCGCGACUGCUGAUAGGCAAAUCACCUUUGAUGAUGAACACUGAAAGGAGGCGAUUUAAAUGGGUGGAAAACAGUGACAUGAAACUGUUCGGAUGACAGGGCGUGAAGUUUUCCAACUAAGCAGCUGAACAGCACACAAGGAGAGAUUCGGGUGGGACCAAGUCACCAGGUGAAGCUACCUGAAUUAAAUCCCCCAACAGCCCUGAUAACAGAGUCUGUAACAGAAAAUGAGGAGCUGGUGUGGGCACCUGGGGUCAAUGACUGUGACCUUCUCAUGUACUUGCGUGCUGCCAGGAGCAUGGCAGCUUUUGCAGGGAUGUGUGAUGGAGGUUCAACAGAGGAUGGUUGCCUUGCAGCUUCACGGGAUGAUACCACCUUGAAUGCUUUAAAUACGCUUCAUGAAAGUCAGUAUGAUGCAGCGAAAGCCCUGCAGUGUCUGGUGAAGAAACCAGUUCCAAAACUCAUCGAGAAAUGCUGGUCAGAAGAUGAAGUGAAACGGUUUAUCAAAGGCCUCCGACAGUACGGCAAAAACUUCUUUAAGAUCCGCAAGGAGCUUCUACCUAGUAAGAAGACGGGUGAGCUGAUCACAUUCUACUAUUACUGGAAGAAAACUCCUGAGGCUGUGGGGUCACGACCUCAUCGGCAGCAGCGAAGGCAGCCAGUGGCUCGCAAAGUCAAAACUCACAACACAACAGCUGCAGCCAAUGCAACAUCACGCACUUCCUCAGUGGAGCUCAGUUCAGCCAGUGAAGAUGAUCUGGACAGUGAAGAUAGUGAGCUGGGGGGCAAAGGUCAAGCCUGCAGUCACUGUCUAACCAUUAACUCCAAGGACUGGCAUCUUGGAGGGCGAGACAAUGUCUUGCUCUGCUCUAGUUGCCAUUCUCACUUUAACAAGCACAGACGCUUGCCGCCUGUUUCCAAACCAACUGAUCCGCCCUACCUCUUCAAACCUGUCAAAGAUGAGGAAGAGGGGCUUGGAGUCAGACAUGGGAUGAAGACUCGUCGAAGCCAUGUGCCGCCACAUAUGUCAUCUCUUCGAAGUGGGCGCAAUAGGCCAACUGGAAGCCCUGACACGGGCAUGUCUCCCACCCCUGAAGAUGUGCGAUCUAAUGGACAGUCCCCCAGAGCCAGUUCUACUGCUAUGGCAACCAGGGCUUCCAGCUCUGAUAACAAGAAUGGAGUGGCUGGGAAGACCAACAAGAAGAUGAAAGUCGAGGUAUCUGUUGUAAAGGGUGUGAAGAGACAGAGAGAGGCUACUGCUCCAGAUGCCGAUGAGCCAGAAAGAAAAAAUAUUAAACGAACCAAGAAUCAGGAGGGUCCGGACUCCCCAUCAGAAGGUGAGGGUGAAGGUGAGAGCUCAGAUAGCCGCAGUGCCAAUGACGAUGGCAGCAGUGACACUAAAGACAUCGAUCAGGACAACCGCAGCUCUUCCCCAAGCCUGGCCAGUCCCCUGCAGGCCAACGAGAGUGAUUCAGACUCCCCUGCACUACCCCCUCCGCCUGGUCCAGCCUCCCAAACCCAGCCCCAGCAGCCUAUUCCUACCCCAACAACGGAUGCCCCCGCUCAAACACAACCACCACCGCCACCACCACCUCAGCCCUCUGUGCCUGCAUCCUUUUCUGCACCUUCUCCUGGAGCUUCUACCACUCCCUCAAAGGCAGCAUCUUCUGUGGAUCUUUCUCAGGAGGUUCCAUCUCCAAGCACUUUCAGAAGUGGUCCCAGAGGCCCUGAAGCUCCUGCCUCUUAUUCAAGCUCUUCGUCUCAGCAGGUGCAGGGUCCAGGUCAGGGGCAGUUUUUCCCUGCGCCAUCUCAUCAUCAGCACCAUCCAGGCCAAAUGCAGAAUCCUUCAACUGGGGCUAGUCAGCCACCAGUGUUUGCUUCCAGGCCGCUACACAUUCAGAGAGAGAAUCCACUCCCUCCUGUUCCCCCUACAGCAGCAUCCCAAAUCAAGCCACCUCCAACCACACCAAUUCCACCUUCACACAAGCAGCCCCAUCACUUUCCUGCUCCACCACCCCAUUUUCUCCAGAUCCACCCCAAUCUGCCUCCACCUCCUGCUCUGAAACCUCUCACCUCUUUGCCCUCACAGCACUUGCCUUGUUCCCAGCCUCCUCCACUGCACAUGAUUCCACAAAAUCACUCCUCUCAGCCAUCCCCUCUGACUCAGCCUCAGAGCCAGCAGGUUAAAGGUCACCCAAAUGGUGCCCCUCCUGCUGCAGCUAGUUCUCACCCACCUCUGCCCCAAAAUCGGCCCACCCCUGAGUCCACUGCUCCAUUCUCUCUUUACUCCUCUCCAGUUCUUGUCCCUACUCAUCAGCCCUCCACGUCCUCCUCAGCAAGCACUCCUGUUGGACAGGCUCAAAUCAAAGAAGAGCCGAUUGACGAAGAGGAGGAGUGUGAAAGCCCGCCUCCUCCUCGCAGAAGUCCCUCUCCAGAAUCAACAGUUGUUGACAUACCCAGCCAUGCAAGCCAGUCAGCAAGAUUCAUUAAACACCUCAACCGAGGCUACAACUCCUGCUCUCGCACAGAUCUGUACUUCACUCCUUUGGCCUCCUCGAAACUGGCCAAAAAACGUGAGGAAACUGCCGAAAGAUCCAGGAGAGAGGCAGAACUGAGCGCUCGACAGGGACGGGAAAGAGAAAGAGAGUGUGAAAGGGAGAGAGAAAGGGAACGAGAGAGGGAGAAGGACUCUGAUAAAGUUUCACGUGCUUCAAGCUUAUCCCAUGAUGGUCGCAUGAGCAAUCACCUGCUUGCUGCUCAUGUGCAAUCAGGUCGCCCUUCAUUUGAAGCCCCUCCCCCCACAACCGUGGCCGCUGUUCCACCAUAUCUUGGACCUGACACCCCAGCCCUCCGCACACUCAGCGAGUAUGCCCGCCCCCAUGUCAUGUCACCCUCCAAUCGCAACCAUCCUUUCUUCAUGCCUUUUGGGCCAGGUGAGCACCUGCUAGCCUAUCACAUGCCGGGUCUCUACGCAGCAGACCCUGCCCUCCGGGAGCGAGAGCUUCGUGAGUUGAGAGAGAGAGAGAUCCGAGAAAGAAUGAAGCCAGGAUUUGAGGUCAAGCCACCAGAGCUGGAGAACCCUCUCCAUCCAUCAGCUAAUCCUAUGGAGCAUUUUGCCCGCCAUGGUGCACUGCCUUUGCCUCAUGUGGCUGGACCACACCCCUUCGCCCAGUUCCACCCAGCUAUGGAGCGCAGUGUGGCAGCACCUCCCCGGCCGGAGAUAACCUAUGCUGAGCGACUGACGGCUGAGCGACUCCAUGCUGAAAGAAUGGCAUCUGUUGCCACCGGUGACCCUGUUGCACGUCUACAGAUGCUCAAUGUUACGCCACACCACCACCAGCACUCACACAUACACUCCCACCUUCAUCUGCACCAACAGGAUCCACUCAACCAAGGCUCAGGGCCUCAUCCUCUGGACCCACUGGCUGCUGGCCCCCCUCUGGCUCGAUUCCCUUACCCUCCUGGUGCCAUUCCCAACCCCCUACUGAGUGAGUUACCCCAUGAGCAUGAUAUGCUGCGCCACCCUCUGUUUGGUGUACCAUUCCCCAGGGACAUACCAGGGCCUCUGGCUCCCAUGUCAGCUGCACAUCAGUUGCAGGCGAUGCAGGCGCAGUCAGUAGAGUUGCAGAGGCUUGCACUGGAACAGCAGUGGCUACAUGGACAUGCACACUUGCAUAGUGCUCCUCUUCCAAGCCAAGAAGACUACUACAGCCGUCUGAAGAAAGAGGGAGACAAGCAGUCCUGAAAUGAAUGACACCUACACUGUGGACUACAGAGUAAAUUCUGUUUUCAAAUUUUCUGCACUUACUGACUCCUUUGUGCUAAGUAAAAUAACUAGUCUUUUUGAGCACAUUGAAUUUGCUUUCCUUGCAUGAACACUACUUAGAUAUGGUUUCUGUCAGAAAUGAAAAUCCCAUGUAAUGUUGUUACUGCGUGAAAAGCACAGUACUGUAGAUUUUUAGUAUUUGAUAAGUGUUGUCCAAUAUCCAGAGUUUAUCACAAUUUAGUUUCAAAGUUUUUUGAAAUAUUCAUUUAAAGAUUGUAAAUAUUAUGUUUAAAAUAAUAUAUUAGCUGUUAACAUUUAAAAGUUGAUAUGAUAGAUUUGGAUACAAAAACUUCAAAUGACCUGUGUGCAAAAAGUGCAUGCUUUACAUGCUGUAUCCUGCUUUUUUUUUUUUUUUUUUUUUUUUUCUUCGACAGCCUCUUUUCAUAUAUACCUCGGAGCACUUAUCAAUAUAUAACCCAACAGCAGUAAACUCCACCAUACCUUAUCACCUACCUAAUAGUGUUGAUCUUGCUUGUCCAGAUCUGCACAAAAAGUUGCUUCAUGUUCAUGAGGGAGUUCAUAUAUUAAAAGGUAUUUUCUCUACAACACCUGUAGACUUCCAAGGGUAUCAUUUCAGAUAAAAUUAGCAAUAAAACACCUAAUGGCAUAUAUAAUGAUAUCCUCACUUCCAGCUAAAUUUGAAAUGUUAACUCCCCUCCAAGCAUGUGCACAUGGUAGCCAAUUUAACAACCUGGCUACUGUAUAGGUAAGUGGUGACGAGGUAACAUUUUCAGAAUCAGGCUGGUUAGGAAAGAGCACAGCAUAAUUACAAUAAACUGAAAUGAACUUAAAACACAGAGAAAGUGUAAUUUUGUGACAGUUUAAUGAUUUACAAGUGGUAUUGUUGGGCACUACUAUUAAUUGUUAAAAUAUCAAUAUUAAACAUGAAAUUGUGUGUCAUUGUUUUGUAUAUGGGACAUGAGUGUUCAACACUUUUUCUGGGACUGCAUAUGUUAAACUUUGAUGGGUUCUUUUUUCAAAACUGCUAAAAAGUCAUUAUUUUCUUCAAAUAAACAACAUUUAUACUUGCAUUUUAUGAACUAUAUGGAUAUUUUAAUGUGAAAUGUAUUCUCAUUUUUAGUAUCCAUGUUUGUAUGUAUACAUGUCUUUACAUGCAUAGUGUUAUUUUGUUGCAAGUAGGUGAAAUUUUUCAGAACUAAAUUGUCAUUUUGAUAGAUGAUUAUGAUGAUUAUAAAUGGCUUGCACCAUAAUUACUUUUCAUACACCUCAGUACAUUAAUUAACUUGUCUUACCAAUGGCAACAGUCAUUAAGUGUGAGAUCUUUUCAUUUUCUCGUUUUCUUAGGCUGUUUCAUAAAUACUCUUAUUACAUUGACAUCAGUCUCUCCUUUACAGCCAGCGCGUAAUAUAAAUAUUUUACAUUCAGUAGUCAUACUUCUUAUGGCACUUUCUGAUACCUCCUUAACUUCCAAGUAUAUUUUAUGUGCAAACUAUAUUCUUUAUGAAAUGUGCUAAAAUCUGUUCCUUCUCUGAACUUUUUUUUUAAGCUUUGGUAGCAAGAUGUUUUAUUUUUUAUUUUUAUUUAAUAGGUAUAUCUAGAGUGAUUUUCACUGAAAAAGUUAUUUUAUAUGUACACCAAAAAACAAUUUCUGUGUGAAUUACAUAAAUAUGUAUAGCACAGCUUGGGUCCUGAAAAAAAACCCCCGCAUAACCUACCAGCUGUCUUUUCUGGUCCAUAUCAACCUAAUAUCUAAAGCAAUACAUGUCUUCUAACUAAACAAUUUUUGUACGGAAAAAAAUUGUAUUGUUACAUUGUAUGCUUUUCUUUAACAAAAUUGUCCUUUGAUAAGUUAUUUAUUGAUUGAACACCUAUUUUGUAACAUGAAUAUGUUAAACAUGAAAAUAUUAGACUGUUAGGAAAUAUGAAAUACGACCUAAUGUGUAUUUACAAAAGAGUGGUGUGAAUUUGUGCAAAAUUGACCCUUUUCUGUACACUGGCCCCUUUGUGAGAAAUCCUCCGAAAUAAUACUAGAUUUUUAUGGUUCAUCCUUAGUUACUCCUUUUAUGUAUCGCUGCAAGUACUGGAUAGCUGAUAUUGUGCUCACAUUUGCCAGAAGAGCUGAGAAUUAAUCGAGGAAAAAAGGAUGUUAUUUCUGUGUGCUUAUAUUAUCUGAAUAAAUUGCCUAAUUUAA